CCACCCACUGCCUUCGUCCCCACUGUGCUCGCAGGAAGAGACCCGAACGAACCCGACCGGCGGCGACGCAUCCACCACCGCGAAAUCCCCACAAAUUUCUGCACGAAUCGAUCCAAUUCCAGGCCUUUCCCUCCUCGCCGGGGCCAAUUCGCGUGGAAAUUUGGGAAAAGGCGGAAUUUUUCUGCCUUUUUCUUUACCCUCCUGAGCCCCCCUUUUUUUUUUUCCUUUUUGACUCCUCGUCGGUUCUUCUUUUUAUUAGUGUCACUGAUUGUGUUUCUCGUGGAAAAGGCGCGGUUUUGGGGGCUGUAUCGAUCGCGGAUUUGGCUCCGGAGGCGUCGAUUUGAUCCUAGCAAGAUUGAGAAAUGAUGGAUUUGUGAGGAGCUGUGUUCUCAUCGCGGUUUGAUCGAGCUAAUUGUUUGGACAAUCCGUUAUGAUUAAGCAAAUCCUGGGCCGGCUUCCCAAGAAGGAGAAGCCUGGCAAGUCCGGGGAGAAGGAUUUGGCCGGAGUCGGCUCGUCGCUGCCGGGUCCGGUGCCUGAUGCAAGAACCACGACAGAUUUGACGAUGUCUAGUAGAAUUGCCAAUCCCAACAAUUAUACAGCCGCUGUCACAAAUCCCGGCCAGAAUUACACCACCAAGAACGCACAUGUUGGUGCGGGUGUCAGCAAUGGGUUCUUGGCGCCGCCUGUGUACGAGGCGCUUCCGAGCUUACGAGAUGUCCCGACAUCGGAGAAGCCUGGCUUGUUCCUCCGGAAGGUGACCAUGUGCUGUGUGGUUUUUGACUUCACAGACCCAACAAAGGAUGUGAAAGAGAAGGAGAUCAAGAGGCAAACAUUGCUUGAGCUCGUGGAUUACGUCACUUCUGCCACUGGGAAGUUUCCGGAGCCUGUUGUGCAGGAGGUCAUCAAGAUGGUGUCUAUAAACUUGUUCCGGGUGCCUACCCCAGCGCCAAGAGAGAACAAGGUGCUCGAGUCAUUCGAUUUGGAGGAGGAAGAACCUGUCAUGGACCCUGCAUGGCCACACUUGCAGAUUGUGUAUGAACUAUUCUUAAGGUUUGUCCAAUCUCCUGAGACGGAUGCUAAGUUGGCCAAGAGAUAUGUUGAUCAUGGUUUCAUUAUAAAGCUACUUGAUCUCUUUGACUCGGAAGAUCCUAGGGAAAGGGAGUAUUUGAAGACAAUACUUCACAGGAUAUACGGGAAGUUCAUGGUGCACCGUCCAUACAUCAGGAAGGCAAUCAAUAAUAUCUUCUACAGGUUCAUAUUUGAGACAGAAAAGCAUAACGGAAUUGCUGAGCUAUUAGAGAUUUUGGGGAGUAUAAUCAAUGGUUUCGCUUUGCCACUCAAGGAAGAACACAAAUUGUUUCUUGUCCGAGCAUUGAUUCCACUCCACAAACCAAAAUGUGUUAGCAUGUAUCAUCAACAACUGUCAUAUUGUGUUACUCAGUUUGUUGAAAAGGAUUGCAAGCUUUCUGAUACUGUUAUAAGAGGUUUACUUAAAUACUGGCCCAUCACAAAUAGUGCUAAGGAGGUCAUGUUUUUGGGCGAGCUAGAAGAGGUCUUGGAAGCCACACAGCCAGCAGAGUUUCAGAGAUGUAUGGUGCCACUUUUCCGUCAGAUUGCCCGAUGUUUGAAUAGUUCACACUUUCAGGUGGCAGAGAGAUCUCUAUUUCUGUGGAACAAUGACCAUAUUGAGGUCUUGAUCAAGCAGAACAGCAAGGUGAUACUGCCCAUAAUCCUGCCUGCAAUAGAGCGAAAUACAAAAGGGCACUGGAACCAGGCAGUUCAAAGCUUGAGUCUUAAUGUUCGCAAAAUCUUCAUGGAUCAUGACCCAGUACUGUUUGAGGAGUGCCUCAAGAAGUUUGAGGAAGACGAAGCGAAAGAAACCGUGUUGAGGUCAAAGCGUGAGGCUACAUGGAAACGCUUAGAAGAGAUUGCCUUGUCAAAAUCUACACGCAGCGAGGCUGAGGCAGCAGUUCCUCUAGAGGCCACAGUUCAUUAGCAGAGCCCCUCUUGCUUGCUUGCUGAAUGCUGACCGCAUAUGAGCUCAGCUCCAGCUCGUUCACAGGAUCUAGUUAGAUCACUGAUGUGAAUUCAGCUCAUGGAUGGCUGCACCUGCAUACCUCAUGUUACUUGCUCCUGAACAUUUUCACAGGCUGACAUGUAAAUACGAGGUAGAUGAUGAACUUCUGAAAUCGCAUCACCAGUUUCUUUCGUCAUGGAACAAAGGAAAGAAGGCAGGUUAUGUCCUGAAGCUUUUCUGAGAUGUAUGUGGUAGCCUGCUAGAGAUCAGUGUGCAUCCUGGAGCUCAGUGUCACUGAUGUUUGAGGACGGUUAGCAGCACAAGAGAGAGUAACGAGUAGAGCUGAGUUUGCUUUUGUCGAUGAUGAUUUUGCAGAAACACAGUGUUCUUUUCUUUUAUCUAUAUAUAUAUGUAUGAAUAACUUGGAGUCUUGUCGUGAUAAUAUGCACUCCUGGUGUACAUGCGUUUGCUUUUCUAGAUGUAUACAGAAAUUUGUAAUGAGCAAUGCUUUCCUAUGAUCUGAAUUGCUGGCUGCUUGUAAAAAGUAUUGGAAUUCUUGCCUUUGUUUGAAAUAUCUC